UUCCUGGUUUGGACAACCUUUUAUUUCACAAUAUUUUCAAUGUAUUUUAUUUUAUUUAUUGGAAUUUAAUUUAAUUAAUAUACAUAUUAGAUUUAUCUGUACCUUUUUGUUCUACUCCCGAUGUGUUAAUUACAAUUCUUCUUUUUUUUACAUUUUAUUUAAUUUUUCAAUAAUUGUAUAUAUAAUGGGAGAUUUAUAUAAUCAAUAUAACUCCCAGAUACAAGUUACACUGGAGAGUAUUAAAGAUAAAGUUAAACUAUGUAAAGAUAAUCCAAACUCCGCCAAUAUUGGAGUGUAUUUGGCAGAAUUGGACAAUUUGUUGAAAUCUUCCGAGCAAACUUUAAUGCAAAUGGAGCUUGAGGCCAGGAGUUAUUCUGACUCCUCUGGGUUUGAACGCCUAGAGCAGGUCAAGGAAAUAAAGAACUUUUUAAAAGAGGCCUCCGAUUGUAGUAGGUCAUUCCACACUGAGCUUCAGCGUAGAGAACUACUUGGAGAAGUUUCUUCCUUUGGAAAUACAAGAGAAUUUAAAACAUUUAGUAAGAAUCGGGAAAUGUUAAGUAAGGGCCUUAUGUUCAUCAAGACUUCGUGUGAUGUGGCGAAUGAGGCUGAAAGGCUAGGAUAUGACGCAUCAAAGAACUUAAGUCAGCAGAGAAAUGUAAUAGACAGUGUUAGUUCGGAGUUGACUAGAGCUAAAUUUUCUCUAUCUGGAGCUGAUGAGUAUUUGUGUUGCCUUUUGAAGCAGGGCAGAUUGAACAGAGUUAUUUUAAAAACCGUGCAAAUCGCAAUCGCAGUUACAGUCCUAAUUAUCCUUGCAAUUAGGCUGAUUAAAUUUCUCAUGCUGAAGCCUAAAUAAUGUAAUAUAGUUAACCCUCCUGUACUAAAUUUUGCCUGAAUU